AUGUACAUCACCCUCUACUACAUAGUCACCCGGCUCCCUGACACCCUUCGCCCGGUCAGGGACCACUUCCUCUCUGUUUGCCCCACCACCCUCACCGUUGACCUCCUCGAGGAGCGCCUUCUAGCGGCAGAGAAGAGCAUAGUCGCUGUAGGUGCCUCUCGUGGUGACCCUCGUACCCCUGUCUUUGAGGGGUGCUCCCCCUCUCCCCUCUUGCCCUCUGUUGCCUCUGCUGCUGCGGCCGACCUCGUUGGUCUUGAGUCGGUCGCUGCGGCGUCUGCCCCUAGCGGGAGACGCCGCCCUGGCAAGGGCAAGGGGGGCAAGGGUGCUGGAGGAGCUGGAGGGGGCGGUGGAGGCGGAGGUGGAGGUGGUGGAGGGGGUGGGGGUGGCGGUGGGGGUGGUGGCGGGGGUGGGGGCGUCGGUGGCGGGACUGGAGGUGGAGGUGGAGGCGGCGCUGGCGGUGGGAGCGGAGGUGGCGGAGGUGGCGGUCCUGGAGGUGGUAGCGGCGGAGGCGGUGGAGCUGGUCGGGGUGGCGCUGCGCAGAGGGGUGGCUCCGGUGGUGGUGCGCGCCAGCAGCAGCAGCAGCAGCAGCGUACCCGUGAGACCCCUUCCCCCCAGCAGCUUCGUGAGUGGUACGCUGCUCGUCAGCGGGGCGGGGGUGCUGGCCCCUGUACCUACGUUCUCCGUACCGGCGACCGGGCGGGUGAGCAGUGUGGGGGCGCGCACCCCACCCAGCGCUGCUUCGGCCGUCUGACGGACGCGUGGCGCCACCAGUUCCCCGACGCUACUGAGAUCCCUCGCUGGGGCGAGCUGUCUAGGGCGGGUGUUGCGAUCUAUGAUCUUGAUUUUGAUGCUAUUCUUGCUGCCAUGUAUGCUGUGACUAUUAGUGAUGAGGGUGACUGUUACCGGUGUUUUCCGCCUGACCCAGGCAUAGAGGCUGCUGCGCUAGGUACUUGUGAGGCUGCUGCUCUAGGUGCCAGUGCGUCUGCCGCCCCAGGUGCCGGUGAGUUUGCGCUCUCAGGUGCUGAGUCGUCACCGCACACCCACACCUUCACCCUUGACUCGGGUGCUUCCCGCUCCUUCUUUCGAGACUGCACCACUCUCACACCGCUCAGUCGGCCUGUUGCAGUCUCCCUGGCGGACCCCUCUGGAGGUCUUGUCCUUGCUCACUACUCCACUGUCCUACCGUGUCCGGCGGUCCCGUCUGGCUCCCUGUCGGGUCUCUACCUCCCCUCGUUCUCUACGAACUUGGUAGCGGGUGCUGACCUCCAGGAUGCAGGAGUUGACCAGUUCACCCCUGCGCGUCAGCGGGUGACCCACUGCACUUGUGCGGACACGGGCCGACACUUGGCCACGUUUGCUCGUCGGCCAGGGUCGAGCCUGUACACACUGACUACUGAGUCUCCUCCAGUCACUGAGUCUGCUCAGGUAGCAGCGUCGGGUCAGGUGUUUGCUGCGGCGUCCAGGUCUGGUCCUGAGUCUGCCCCCUGCUCGUGUCGUCUCCUGUCCCACCGGACUCUCCUCUGGCACCACCGCCUUGGUCACCCCUCCCUGCCUCGUCUUGGAGGCAUGGCUUCCCGUCUCCUUGUCUCUGGUCUCCCCCGGUCCCUCCCUCCUCUUCCUCCGAAGCCUGCCCCCACCUGCGUUCCCUGCGUUGAGGGGCGGCAGCGCGCUGCCCCUCACUCCUCCGAGUUUCCUCCGACAGAGGCUCCGCUGCAGACGCUUCACAUGGACGUGUGGGGCCCAGCCCGCGUCCGUGGGCAGGGUCAGGAGCGCUACUUUCUGCUGGUGGUUGACGACUAG